GGUGGGAGAGAGAGAAGUCCUGACUACUGUGCGAACAUGUCUGAGCCAAUUAGAGUUCUGGUGACCGGCGCUGCUGGGCAGAUUGCCUAUUCCCUGUUGUUCAGCAUUGCCAAGGGAGAUGUCUUUGGCAAAGAUCAGCCAAUCAUCUUGCUCCUUCUGGACAUUACCCCCAUGUUACCAGUCCUGGAAGGUGUUGUCAUGGAGCUUCAGGACUGUGCCCUCCCACUUCUGAGAGACAUUGUCCCUACUGACAAGGAGGAGGUGGCCUUCAAGGACCUGGAUGCAGCCAUUUUGGUGGGCUCCAUGCCCAGGAAGGAGGGCAUGGAGAGGAAAGACCUGCUGAAAGCCAAUGUGGCCAUCUUCAAGAGCCAGGGAGCCGCCCUGGAGAAGUACGCCAAGAAGACCGUCAAGGUGCUGGUUGUGGGAAAUCCUGCCAACACCAACUGUCUGAUUGCAGCCAAAUCAGCUCCCUCCAUCCCCAAAGAGAACUUCUCCUGCCUCACCCGUCUGGACCACAACAGGGCUCGCUCUCAGGUGGCGAUGCGCUGUGGCGUUCCUGCCACCCAUGUGAGGAAUGUGAUCAUCUGGGGCAACCACUCAUCCACCCAGUACCCAGAUGUGCACCACUGCUUUGUCAACAUGUCCGGUAGUGAGCUCGCCUGCUUCGAUGCAGUCAAGGAUGAUGCCUGGCUCAAAGGAGAUUUCAUUGCUACAGUGCAGCAAAGAGGUGCUGCAGUCAUCAAGGCCAGGAAGCUGUCCAGUGCCAUGUCUGCAGCCAAGGCCAUCUGUGACCACAUGAGAGACAUCUGGACAGGCACCCCCGAGGGUGAGUUCACCUCAAUGGGCAUUUACUCCUCUGGCAACUCCUAUGGAGUCCCAGACGACCUCAUCUACUCAUUCCCUGUCCAAAUCAAGGACAAGAGCUGGAAGAUUGUGGAUGGCCUGGCCAUCAAUGAUUUUUCACGAUCAAAGAUGGAAGCCACAGCAGCAGAGCUGAUAGAGGAGAGAGACACAGCUGUGGCUUUCCUGGGAGUAUGACUAGACCCAGCAGGGCCACCCUACCCGCACUUAGACAGCCCCAAAACUCCAGACGCACGCCUGUGAGAAAACACUCCACCAUCCCUUGCAUUACUGUAUGUUUGUGUGUGCGAGAGAGAGUUAAGUGUUUAUGAGUGUAAAGUUGGAUUUAUACUUGUGUGUUGGAAGGCUGUGUCGUAAAAACAAAGAGCCUGUGCACACAGCCACCAGUGCUAAGGUGCACCCUUUUCAGAAUUGACAGCAGCUACAGACAUACCACAUGGAGACAGUGAUUGGCUGGCUUGCGUUGCUUGUACUUUCUUUCACAAGUUUCUGGCGAUGGUAUGGUGUUGAUGGUGAAGACAACAUUAAACGAGUCAUGUCCUUUUCAGAAUCAACCGACAUAUUCUGCGAUGUUCUUGUUCUGAUUCCCUCUGUGUAUCAUGAAAUGGGGAGAAAAAAAGAAUGUAAGCAAAGGUUUACUUUGGAUAUACAUGAUUGUGUGGCAUUAGUCUCCAAAUCAGUAGGCACACGUACAUCAUGACGCACAAGUAUAACUUCACCUUGAGUAUUCAAUAUAUACUGAAAGUCCACCAAAUUUGUUACCAGCUAUUUUCCAAUAACUUUUCUCUGGGGUUAAGUGAAUGGAUGGUUGUUACAUAUAUAGUCAGUGAUGCACUAAGUCCUCAAACACUGGAAUGGAUAACUUUAAAGCUGAAACAAUAAAAAACUGAACAAUGUA